GGUGGUCUACGUUCGGGGUUGAGAUUAAUAAUUGUCAUUUUUGUUUCAGGGAUGCAGCAAUAUGGAAGGUUAUCUUUUUGGGUUAUUCACCACAUGCUUGAUGUUAUUGGAGUUUAAAGUGAUACACGCCGAUCGAGGUCGAGUGUACAUGGUGACAAGUCCAGAAUCAGUGGUGAUGCCUAUAAAUGACGAGACAGAGCUUACCUGCGAAAUGAAUUUGUCACCAGACAAAUUUCAAUGGAAGCACUACCCUUUGAAUAUUGAAGAUGCUUUUAAUCCAAAAGCGUCCAUAAUAUUAGGGUCUGCUCACUAUCUCGACCUUCCUGCGACCAUGUUUACCAGCGACAAGAAAGUAUCCACCUUAAAAAUUAAGUCGAGCAGUAAAGCGGUAGCCGGCGAUUACCAAUGUUUAGCACACUACGGCGCUUCGGUAGUGGCGUCGAUUCCUGGUAGAAUCACGAUUACAACGAUGGGGAAAUUUUCGCCGCAAAGCAACGUACAGGUUAAUGUCGUCGCCGGAAAUACGUUACUGUGGCGAUGCGACUUUUCUCAGUCGAAUCCAUCUGCCUAUAUAGAUUACUAUAAGGAUGGCCUUUACGUUAUACCAAAAGUUGCAGUUCGCACACAGUCAUUAAUUAUUCCCAAUUUAAGUACGUCUGAUUCUGGAAAGUACGAUUGUGCCGCCACGAAUCCCAUUCAGCAAAACUCUGUGCAGGCCGAUUUUCAUUUAAAUCUCAAAAUUGUUGGAAAUGGCCCCUGGCAGUCGCCACAAUUUUUGAUACCUGCAAAAAAAGUGUACAUAGUGAAUGCAGGUGAAACCGUCUUCAUGGAGUGUUCGGCUGUGGGUAACCCCGUACCGAAAGUGUUUUGGUUCAAGCGAAAUGGAGAAUUACCAUCAAACAGAAGUCAACUAAUGCCAGGUGGUUUACAAAUAUCAAAUGCAAAAUCUACUGACGAUGGAGUGUACAUUUGCAACCACACUAAUUCCUUAGGCACAAUAUCGCAUCAUAUCACGUUAGUUUACAACGAAGCGCCUACCAUAGAAGAAGGUCCCACGAACACCGACAUUAAAGAGGGUGAGAAUCUUGAUCUGGAGUGCGAAGUGAAAGGUACACCUGAGCCGCAAAUUAGCUGGUUUCUAAACGGCGACACUGUGAUAAACGAUACGCACAUCGAAGCGAUCGGGAACCGAAUUUACUUUCGUCGCGUCGAGAAAAAGCACGCCGGUACACUGCAGUGCUUCGCCACGAAUACUAUUGGCACAAUUUACAGCAGCUUUAAUGUGAAAGUGAUCCCCAAACAAAUUUCGAGCAUUGACGCGUUCGAAGAGUACCUAACUGCCCAACCCACUCUACCCGUUCACAAAAGACGGAAACACCACAAACCCAAAAAGAAUAGAGGCCAAAAGGGGACGACCGAAAUGAUCCCGCCUUCGCGUCCGAUGGUGACAAGGAUAAACGACGAGUCGGUUAUGGUUAGGUGGACAGUGCCCGAAAACAACGGUCUCCCGAUACAGUUCUUCAAAGUGCAAUAUAGGGAACUAGGUCCCAUAAACCAUAACGGUACACAUAAGAGUUCAAAGUGGAAAACCACAAACGCCGAUAUUCCACCUCAUAUUCGAAGUUACGAGGUGAAUAAUUUAAACCCCGAUCACGCCUAUCGAUUUCGGAUAGCAGCUGUAUAUAGUAACAACGAUAAUAAAUUAGGACCAAAUUCUGUUAAAUUUCACCUGAACCGUGCUGAUUUCUCUCAGCGCAAUCCGUUACCAGUUCCUAGGCUAAUCCACACGGAAAUGCUUAAUGAGACUGCCAUCAGAAUACAUUGGGAGUAUGUGCCAAUAGCAAAUUUGACCAUCGAAGGCUUUUUUGUCCAUUACGUACCUGCCGACAGUGCGAUGGAUUAUAUGAAGGCUACGGUCGAAGGAUCGGAAAUGACAUCCUACGUUAUACAACACCUACAACCUGGGACAAUGUAUGAUAUUAAGAUACAGAGUUUCACGACAAAGUCGGCGAGCGAAUGUAGUCCCAUCAUGAAGCAAAAGACUGCAUUUGCCGUCAAGAAACCUACCGUGAAGGAUACAUCUCCAACAGUUGUAGCAACAACUGUCGAACCGUCACCGUCAUCUCAAUCGACUGGCGACACACAAAUGUAUAUAUUCAUAGGGUCUGGCGUUUUAAGCGUUGCACUAUUGCUUAGUGUUAUUGUAUUAGUCAUAAUAUUUAAAAAAAGAAAGCAGAAGAAAGCAAAUAAUUCACCAGAUUCCAGUCGAGGUGAUAAAGAGGACGGUGGCCAUCACAUACAAGCAGACUCUAAUGAUUACGUUGUGAGUCCCAAAACUGUUAGCCGUGUAAAAAAUGGCAAUGUUACAACAAAUAAUCGUAUAACAAUAACCCCUAACCCCUUAGCCGACGCUGACAACAAGAAUCAGAACAUGAUCGAAAUGUCAUGUUUGUCAUCACAGAAUAACAACUGUUCACAACCCUCCGCAAGUACGCAAGAAUCACAUUCUGGUGAUUCGCAAUCGAACCCUAAGCACACCGAUCCAGAUAAAGAUAAAAGUAAAAGAAAUAUGUAUAAGGUUGACACGUCUCAAUCUGGAGAAAAUUACGUAUAACGGAAUUGUACAUUAGUAAUAUUAGUAAAUGAUCUUGCCGUAAAUUGCUGUAAAUAUUUGUACGUGAGUUUUGUAUAUAUUUAAUUUAAUAUAUUCGCUUAUUUCUAAUGCGUAAAUUAUGUUGAUCGAUCCAAUGAGAUCGUUAACAUGUGGCAGCUGUAAUACGAUUUACUUAUAAUUAUUUAUUAAUAAUCUGAAAUUUCUUUAAAAGACAUUUGUAAAGUUCCUAACAAUUUGCUAUCACAGUAAUUUAUUGUAUUUAUUAUUAUUGUAGUAAGAUAGACCAAACAUGUUAAUACUUGCUUUUAACAGCAGUAACAUAUUAAUGAAGGUUAAGGAGGUGACGGAUAAUCGAAUUUUAGUUCAUAAUAGUGUUGCAGGAAUUUCAAAUUGUAUCAAUUACAUUUAUUCAACACUGUAAAUUGUUACGCCAUAAUUUUAAGUAUAAUCGACAAUUUACGUUACUGUUUAAUUUAACAUAGGUACACAUGGUUGUGUUGCGUACAAGAUGAUUUUUUAGAAUUUUUAUUUACAAUUUGUAUAUAAUGAUGCGAUGUAUAUAUUUUCAUAACAGCAGUAGUGUUUGAAAAUAUGAGACCAGUACAACUCUUAUUGCCAUAGAACUUGCCAUGACUCACAUUUUCGAACAACUGAAAUAAAUGACUAAUAAACAUUGA